ACAUCCGGAGGAACACGACUUCAAAAUUCAACACCGCCACGCACGGCAUGUUGCAUACCCUGGGCGGUUUUCUUGUUCGCCCUCACUCUGUGUUUCGCCUUGUAGGUGUAAUACACAUGCAUACACGUGGAAUAAAUCCCUUUCCCUUCCCUGCCUACUUUCCCGUUGGUUUGGUACUGCAGCGCUGCCGAGCGCUGUAGCGAGUGACUGCUGGACGCGAGUGUCAAUCACGAACCUGGGUGUACUGGUUUGAAUCGGUGGAUAUUUGGUUGGAUUACGGUACCUCACUCGGACGACACUCCAUCGUCGGAGAAGCAUUUUGAGAAAACGUGAAUAAGACAAAAUACAGAUUUUCGAAAAACUCACAGACGUAAAUUUAAUACCAAGACGAUUAUUAACCUCCAGUAUCGACAAUGGACGUGGAUGCGUUGUUGCAACAUUCCCAGUACGCGAUACCUAUCGGCAUUGUCUUGGCGUGCGCCAUUCUAGUGUUUGUAUUCGGUUUUAAAAAUGCGGAGCAGCCACCGUUUGCCCAGCUCACGUCGGGUUCCGACGUGGACCGGAAACCAGCUGGCAAGAAGCGCAACAAGAUCAAAGAAAAGAGUCGUACUGUCAAUGUUCAGGUGGCUACAGAAAAAUCGAGUCCUGCUAAAAAAGUAGUACCUGUCAAAGCCGAAGCUGUUAAAAAAAACGCAGCGAAAGGUGAAGAGGUAGGGGGUGAACUAAAGGAGCGCAAACAUGAAGACAACAAACCAGUUGUUGCUAGGAAGGAGAAGGCUGUCAGCACUCUAAAAUCUGGAAAAGAAAACAAGGGAGAGUUAGUAAAGAAUAGAAAAAAUUUGAAGAAUCUUUCUCAGGAAAAGCCAGUGGACUUUGAUGAUGGAAAUUGGGAAUCAGUCUCGAGGAAGGACAAAAAGAACAAGAAAAAAGAUGAAGAUUCUCCGUCAAAAAAAAUUAAAAAGGAUGGGAAAAAGGCUGGGGAGCUGAUUACAAACAUAUCUAAAAAAGAAAAAGGACAGGCUAAGCCGGAAGUUAAAGAUAAAGUGGCCAAGGACACAGAGAAUAAAGAACUAAAAGAAAAAGAUAAGAAGGAAAUUGUUCUUAUACCAGUUACUAAUGUUGAACCAGCGAUUGAGAUCCAUGAAAAUAAAGAGGAAGACAAGGAGCUAGAAAAGAUUGAGAAGCCAGAGAAACCCGAGAAACUCGAAAAAGUACAGAAAGCGGAAAAGAUAGAAAAAUCUGAGAAGUCUGAAGAAAAUAAGAGCAGUAGUAAGCCCAAAAAGGUGAAGAAGGUUAUUGGGAAUGAAAACAAACCAUCAGUUGAUGUAUCCUCUCCUUCUGAAAAACCAGAAAAAAUUAUAGAAAAAUUAGAAGAAGAAAAGAAGACUAAAACCGAAACGGCAGAGGAAAAGAAAGUUGAAAAGAUUGAAGACAAUAAAGUCGUUUUUGACGAGUUGGGAGAUGUGUGGACAGAGGCCAAACCACAAAAAAAAAGCAAGAAGAAGGCCCGUAAGGACAACUGAGAAGAACAGGGCCAAAGUAUAACAGCAUUCUCUAUAGCAAAAAUAGAAAUGAGAGCUGUUGGACAGCCGUGUUAUUAGGUUGGACUGAGCAGGUGUGUCAAUUGACCUAAUUGUGAAUCAUCUGCCUAAAUCCUCCGCUCCACUGUACAAAGAACAUUCGUUUGACUCGUUUCUGUGGCGUCAAUAUGUCCCAUUGUAGGACUCACUGCAUCACCAUCAAGUUGGAAAUCAACAUUUUUUAAAAAUAUUCUUUCGCACCCAUCAAUAGGACAUCACAAAGCAUUAUUUUUGAUAUCUAAUUAUGGUGAGUUUGAGGUAAUUGUUUCAGUAGUAUCAAGUUAACAAAGCUCACACUCAGCAUGAGAUGCUUUGGUUGUAAAAACCAUUUGUUUAUGGUAACAAAUAUUUACGUGAAGCACAUAACUUUAAAGUAUAGAGAAACUGACAGCUUUUAUUACAUUUAAAAACCUGCAAGAGUCUCGUUUGCAUUGAUUACCUGCGAAUAUAAAUAUUACAUGCAACUAUAUAUUAUUGC